AUGGGAUAUUUGGCCAGAAAGCGGUUCUACGAGCAGCACGUCCAGGCGAAGGCCGCCUGGCUGUCGUUUAGAGGAAAAUUUGGGCGCGAUGGAACUAAAGGUAUCGACUACGCCAUGGUGACCAAGCGGCUGCCCAGCACGCAUGAGGGUACCCAUGACUUGUGCUUCCGGAUGGGAAUUCGCAGAUACGGUCAAACGGGGAUCGUCUGGAAAGCCGAUGAGAUUUUUGAGGAGGAGAUUGUCCCUCACGGCAACAAGGGCCAAAAAGCCGAAUGGUUGUCGUUCCAAGGUAAAUUUGGGAGUGGCCAGACGAAAGCAUGUGUCUCCUAUCUAGUUCCCGGCAUGAUUUUUGGGACGAAUCGAAAAUGGUGGUAUUCAGAUGGUCUUCCGGAUGAAUUUCAGAAGCAUUGUGAAAAUUUCGUGAAUGAGUUGAAAGAGCCGCUGGCGUGGAGACGGCUGCGCUAUUCGAUGGAUGGCGAGCAGCAGCAGGAUAGAAAUCUUGAGAUUGAUAUUUUGAGCCCAAAA